UCACAAAGCGAGCGUAGAUCUGAGCCCCGACGAGAACUACCGGAGAGAGGGCCUCAGAGCCAAAACGGAAAUUGGUAAGAAAAGAGUCAAAACAAAAACAUCUUGAGCCGCGCUGGGGCACUGAUGUGGGCCUGCUGGCACCCCAAGUCUCCACAUCCACUGGAGACUUGCACCUCGACUUGGCUCGGCAAGCGCUGACGACGGCGACGUCGGCGAGACUCGGCAACCGAAGACCAAGCUUCGCCAGUCGAAAGCCGAAAGACGAAGGCCCCAAGCCCCAAAGCGAGCCCCAACCGCAAUCUUCCAGUCGCCGUUCGCCGUCGAUCAGUUCGAGUUGGUCCGUGGAAGCCAUCACUCCGUCGAAGAUCGUCGUGGUCGCUGCAGCUAGAGUCGUAGUUGCGCCGCCGUCGCUGCCAGCAGAACGUGCCCCAAGUCCAGUGCGCGAGUUCGCCAAUCCGUCAGUACGUCAGUACGUCGGGCCGCCAGUACGUGUGUGUGCCAGUGUGUGUGAGCUGUGCCUUGCGGCAAACGGCAACCCUGUCGCACUCGCAGUCGUCGGUCUCCGAAAGCGAAAACUGUCGCUCGAAUAGAGGCAGCGAUUGUCGAUUUCUAUGCAAAUCAUUACUCACAUUGCGGGCAAAAGAGCGUAGUGUGUUUAUUUCGCUAAAUGUCGACACGAGGCUCACGUUGCCGUUGCCCGAUCUGAGCAGAGACAGAAACCCAGUCAGCAGCAGCAGCACCAGCACCAGCCCCAGCAGCAGCAGCUACAAUAACAAUAAUAAUAGGAGCAGCAGCAACAAUAGGAGCUCCAGAAACAGAGACUUGCGAGAGUCUGUAACCCGAGUCGCCUAGCACGGCAGAGGAGGAGCAAGAAGGCAGAAAAGCGCAGAAAAACAGAGAAACAGCAAGCAGAUUGUAUCUGUAUCUGUAUCUGUGUCUGUACUGUGGGUAUAGUCGCGACUUGCGGCUCGUUUUGUGUUUUGUGUGCGGACAUUCGUGUAUGUGUAUCUCGGGCCGCGUCGGCGACAAAGCGAAAAGUAAUCACCAUCUAAAGGGAAAGAAAACAAAUACGAAAAGUCUGCGGAUCCCCCCUCCAGGCACCGGCCGUCCCGCGCAAUCAGAGCUCUGAUAAAUAAGCUCCCGGAAAGUGGAGAGGUAGGAGAGAGGGCCUAGUCUUCCGGUGAGGCUCAAACACAAACAGCUGAGUUGGCUACGGGCGGGAGCGAUGUGAAAGGAUCUCCGCCUGACCACUGAUCGAGACUUUGCAAUCGCACUGACAACUAGGAAUCGGGCAGCCAUGGAUCACCUUUGCAUACUAAACGCCUUCGAGCAGAACUACUACAACCGCAUCAAGGAAAUCUGCCAAGGAUGGGCAGCAGCAUCCGCCUCGUCGGCCUCCUCCACCGCCUCUACCUCGUCCGCAUCCUGCUCCAGUGGUCCGUCGACAUCGUCAGCCGCCUCGUCCACGGCCAGUUCGCCCACCUCGACGGCGAGGGAAAUGGCCCAGGCCGCAGCUGCCCUGGCGGCCACUCAGAGGCUCGCCGCCUACCAGGGGCACGGACAGGCGCCCCCCAGCAUGUUCUUCCACGAGCAGCAGCACCACCAACGCCAGCAGCUGCAGCCCUCCUUCCCGCUCCACUCGGUGUCCCUUCACCAGCCGCAGCAUCUGCAGCCGACCGCCGAUCCCAACUCCUCCAACAGCCUGCUCUGGCAGCCCUGGCGCGACCUCCAGCAGGCGGCUGCAAUGCAUCACCAGCUCUACAGGCAGCAGCAACAGCAGCAGUCGCACAAAGAGAUGCGCGUUACGUCCAAGGAGCUGCCAACCACCAAGUGGCGUCGAGAGCGUCGCCAGCGAGCUGCCGAGUACCAGGUCCAUGAUGGCAGCGGUGGCGAUCGAGACCGGGAACGGGAGAGAGAGAGGGAUCGCGACAUGGACAGCCCCAUUGACAUGUCUGUGUCGUCGGGAGUCCUGAAGCUUCACCAGCAGCUGCGAGCUUCGCCUCCGCCGCCGUACCGCGAACCCUUGCCGGGCACCAUGUACACGGCAAACAGCCGGCCAAGCGUCAUCACCCAAGCGCCCCCCAAGCGGGAGCCCCUGGAGGCGGCUCACUCCUCCGACGUGGCGACAUGCGAUAUUGACGAGCACUUCCGGCGCUCGCUGGGCGAGAACUACGCCGCGCUCUUCGCCAAGAAGUCGCCGACGCCCACGCCCACACCCACGCCGUCUCCCAGUGGCAGUUCCAAGCAGCAGGUUUCGCCCCUAGCAUACGGAACCGUGACGAUGGCCAGCCCAGCAUCCACAGUAGUAGCUGCGGCAACUACCUCGCAUCCCUUCCACCAGCUAAGCCCCACGCUGGCCAAGGCGGUUCUGCCUAUGAUGAACUCGCCGCCCUUGCAGCGCGCAACCACGGAGUCGCCGCAGCCGGAGCUACCGCCUCCACAAGAGGAGCCGUUACCACUUUCAUUGAGCCUGAAUCGCUCCCAAACACCAACGUCGCCCCCACCUUCGGCAACGGGAAUCGGAGUUGUGAUGGGAGUGGGACCGGGACCCGCUGGGCCAGGAACAGCAGCUGCAACUUCUUCCGGUCAGGUACUGGAAACAGUUGUGGGCUUAAAGCGUAUACUGGACACGCCGCAUCACACGCCACCCAGAUACAGCACUCCGCCGCCGCCGGCAUAUGGCGCUCACAACGGGACAGGGGGAUCAGUGGUGGCGCCAACUCCAAUGCCUACCCCCACUCCCACUCCCACACCCACACCAACGCCGAACCAGACUGCCACCCCCAGCGUCACGCCCACAAUGCCUGCGAUUAUUCGCGUGAAGGCUGAAACGGGACUAGCUGCAGCCGCCGCUUCCUCGGCCCAGACGCCACCUGCCUCGCCCACCUCGUCCUCGAACAUCUCGAUAUUCACCAAGACUGAAGCCUCGGUUGACGAUCAUUUCGCCAAGGCGCUGGGCGACACCUGGAAGAAGCUGCAGAGCGGGCACAAAGAGUAAUUGCACCGGUAGCCGGAAACGCACCCCACACUGAUCCAGAUCCUCAUCCUGAUCCUGUGCCCCAUGGAGGUGCUGAUCACGAUUCAACUCAAGAGCUGUUCUUAUUAUAAAUAUUUCAAACUAUACAAUUAACGUUUAAAGAUCUCAUGCUGACGUGAACGGAAGUUCUUUAACUGCGAGUGUAUUACAAGUUUCAUAUAUAAUGAUUUUACUGAUUAACGGAUGAUACGGAUAUAUGAUAUAUGGAUAUAUGUUUAUGGCAAAGUGUAUACGUACAAGUGACAUUUUUAUAUUCUUAAUAAUUAGUUUGUAGAGAUUAAUCCUUAAAAACAUACCUAUUAAAAAUAAGGGAAAAAUUUUAA